CCACGGGCAGGGAGAGGAUCGGACGCCGCGCCGUUGGGGAGGAGCCAGCGAGGUGGAUACGCAAUGAGGCGGUGCAGAGGCGGCCUGAAACCGGUAGAACACGCCCGGGGUUAAAGCGCCUUGGAGCGGCUCACGUAGAGCCGUCGAGGCCGGUGAUUGAGACGGGGCCUGCUUGCGUGCACCGAGCGAUGGCGGCGUAGCCCUGCCUGGCCCACGGAUGCACGUAUUUCUUCAUUUUUAUACAUGGAAAUUGUCUUUUGGGUAUUAGUAAACAGCUGUCCAUCUCUCACUGAACAAUGAGGAGCUGUUCUGUGGCAGGACGGAGCUGCCUUCGAGCUGAGAUGUUUCCCCGCAUGGUGUCGAAUAUUGUCCGGCCCUUGCAGCGCCAUGUGUCCAACAGCUGCCAGAGGGGCAGUUCGACCGUGCCUGAGUCACACGUGAGGCCUCUGCCCAGUCAGGUCCAUGUUGUGAUUUGUGGUGGAGGGAUUGUAGGGUCAUCGGUGGCAUAUCACCUCUCCAGGCUCGGGUGGAACGAUGUUGUGUUGCUGGAGCAAGGACGGUUAGCUGGAGGAACUACCCGUCUUUGUGGUGGCAUUGUAAGCACUGUGAAACAUAUCAGCAUAGAAACCCAGAUGGCAGACUAUUCAAACAAACUUUAUCAGCAUUUGGCACAAGAAACUGGUAUCCAAACGGGUUAUGUGCAAACUGGAUCGAUCUCACUGGCUCAUACGCAGGAUCGGCUAAUUUCCCUGCGCCGUCUUGUUUCCCGAUUACAGGUAAUGGGGAUUUCCUGUGACAUCAUCAGUCCAAAACAGGUAGCACAACUACACCCUCUAGUGAACAUCCAUGACCUGGUUGGAGCGAUGCAUGUCCCAGGUGAUGCGGUCAUCUCACCCCCAGAUGUUGCUCUGGCACUGUCAACAAUUGCUGCAAACAAUGGUGUCAAGAUAUAUGAAGGCACCAGUGUCAAUCAUGUGGUAGUCGAGGAUGGUCAUGUCAUUGGCGUUGAAACUGACAGAGGGCACAUUGAGUGUGAAUACUUUAUCAAUUGUGCAGGGCAGUGGGCCUACGAGCUUGGUUUAGCGAGUGAGGUGCCAGUAACCAUCCCCUUGCAUCCAUGUGAGCACUUCUACCUGGUGACACGACCCCUCAAACAGGCACUGCCCCAUGACUCGCCAGUGAUCAUGGAUCUUGAUGGUAGGAUCUAUAUCCGAAACUGGCAGGGUGGCGUGCUAUCUGGAGGCUUUGAAAAGAACCCAAAACCUAUUUUCACAGAGGGCAGGAACCAGCUGGAGUUCCAAAGCAUGUUUGAGGAUUGGGAUCACUACGAGCCUCUGCUAAGUGCAUUGUUGCGGCGGAUGCCCUCCCUGGAGGAAACAGAGAUCCUGCAGCUGGUGAACUGUCCAGAGUCUUUCACUGCCGACAUGAGGUGUAUCAUGGGAGAGUCAGCAGCCGUGCAAAACUACUUUGUGUUGGCGGGAAUGAACUCCAGUGGCUCAUCCUUCGCUGGUGGAGCAGGGAAAUACUUGGCUGAAUGGAUGGUCCAUGGAUAUCCCUCCGCAAACCUCUGGCCUGUAGACAUCAAACGCUUUGGAGUGCUCCAGAGCAGCCGCACGUUCCUUCGACAUCGUGUCAUGGAGGUGAUGCCUCUAAUGUAUGAACUGAAGGUACCCCGCUGGGAUUUCCAAACUGGCCGGCAACUCAGGACUUCUCCCUUGUACGAUCGUUUAGAUGCACAGGGCGCUCGCUGGAUGGAAAAACAUGGCUUUGAGAGGGCCAAACAUUUUGUCCCUCCUGGGAAAGAUUUGCUGGAAUUGGACAAGAGGAAGACCUUCUACAAACCUGAUUGGUUUGACAUUGUUGGAGCAGAAGUUACAUGCUGCAAGGAAGCUGUUUGUGUGAUUGACAUGUCGUCUUUCACCAAGUUUGAACUGAGUUCCUCAGGUGACCAGGCACUUGAGAUUUUGCAGCAUCUCUGCUCCAACGAUUUAGAUGUUCCUGUGGGACACAUCGUACAUACGGGAAUGCUGAAUGAUCGAGGUGGCUACCAGAACGACUGCAGUGUUGUGCGGCUCAACAAACGCAGCUUCUUUAUCAUUUCCCCCACUGACCAGCAGGUGCAUGGUUGGUCUUGGCUCAAGCAGCAUAUUCCCAAAGACAAUCAGCUACAUCUUGAGGAUGUAACGUGGAAGUACACAGCUCUGAACUUGAUUGGUCCCCGUGCAUUGGAUGUCCUUUCUGAGUUGUCCUAUGUCCCAAUGACUCCUGAUCACUUCCCCUCGCUGUUCUGUAAGGAAAUGAGUGUCGGUUAUGCUAAUGGUAUCCGGGUGAUGAGCAUGACACAUACAGGAGAACCUGGUUUUAUGCUGUACAUUCCCAUCGAGUAUGCACUUCACGUCUACAAUGAAAUCAUGAAUGUGGGGCAGAAGUACGGGAUCCGGAAUGCUGGCUACUAUGCACUGCGCAGCCUGAGGAUCGAGAAGUUCUUUGCAUUUUGGGGUCAGGAUCUGGAUGCUUUAUCGACACCAUUGGAAUGUGGUCGUGAAUUCCGAGUCAAAUUUGACAAGGGCAUUGACUUCAUUGGCCGUGAGGCAUUGCUGCAGCAAAGACAGGAAGGAGUUUGUCGCCGGUUUACCAUGUUUAUCUUGGAUGAUCACGACAUGGACCUUGACAUCUGGCCCUGGUGGGGAGAGCCCAUAUACCGAAAUGGCCGCUAUGUUGGCAUGACAACGAGCAGUGCCUAUAGUUACACACUGGCCCGCCACGUCUGUUUGGGUUUUGUUCACCAGUAUGAAGAAGACAAUGGAGACAAAAUGGUGGUGACCCCAGAGUACGUUAAUGCUGGAGACUAUGAGAUUGAGAUUGCCAGACAACGCUUCUGUGCCAAGGCCAAACUUUACCCAUUCAGCUCCCUGUUUACACAGAAGCGGAGAAAGGAUGAGAUGGAAUUGAGCAGCUUUCAAGGGAAAUGAGACCCAGCAGUACCUUCCACCCAUCACACACUCUAGGAAGGAAGCAGAGGCCAUUGCUACAAGCUGUGGUGUGCAGUCAUUUCUCUGGUCUUUCAUUGUAUGUAAUCAUAGUUUUAAAGAUGGUUCUGUACCUGAAGGCACUGAAUUUGGGUUUGCUGUCUUUAACCAACAAUGGAAAAUGAUGCCGUGGGUUGGUGCAUUAACUUGUCACAUUAUUUUUGUCUGUGAACAAAUAUCAAAGCCCCUGAUAUAUUGGUUCCUUUGUUCCGAUGAAUGUGUACGUUUUGGAGUUAGAUACAGGCCUGGCAUUGCUGCCAGUGCAGCUGAUGACAAGACUUUUCGCUGAUGGCAGACUUCGAUCUUGUGAGCCUCUCUUCACCACCUUUGACUUCAUAAAUGAUAGCAGGUUGUGCACCAUCUCGAUAAAAUAUUCAAUUUUAUCUUGGGGUCAGAACUAAUUUUAUUUGGCUUCUAAAAAUUAAAUCUUUACAGACAAACUUAAACAUUUAAUUAAGAACUUGUUAACUCCACGCAAUUCCUUUCCAAUUCAGUGUCAGUAAGCUCAAUUAUGAGGUCCUCCUUGUUAAAAAGGAGUUUUGCUGUGAUAUUUAGCUGACUGCCAUUAACCCAACCAUGCAUGUCCAUUUUGUGGAGAAUUUCUCUUGCAUUGAAUUUUUACUGAGAGGAACUAGAUAACAUAGUUUUUUUCUAUAUGGGCACAAGGUACAUCAAUAACUCUUAUCUGGUUCAGUGUAGUAGAUAUAUGUUUUUUCUUUUAUCUAUAAUUUUGGUAGUCUCCAAAAACAAAAGGUCCAAAGUGACUGGCAGUUCACCAAGGAAAGAUGAGGUAUGUAUGCCUAUUGUAAGGGUGCAGAUUCUAAGGAUAUUAUUCCCCGUUGGUGAGAAGGCAAAUGUGUGAAUGUCCACGGACUGAUUUAAUUACAAUUAAUUUGGUAUUAUGCAAAGACACAUUUCUACAAGUAUGGCUAAUUACAUAAUUCGGAUGAUGGAGAAAGUCACUGUGUUCAAAUGAUACCAAAGUAUUAAGAUCUGCCUGGGUAUCUUAUGGAAUUUAGAUAUUAAUUUACUGCAACAUGAGGCUGUUUACUUAAUGUGUUGGUUGAGCUUGUGAUGGGCAGGUAUAUUCACAGGGAAAGCAAGUCAGAUUUCAUUUAGUGAUUUUCAUUUGCAUUUUUGUAGAAUCUGUGCAAACACAAAUCAUGCUCUUGGAGAGGGUCAAGCAUAACUGCAUCACUUCUUGGCCUCCAAUACAUUGCUGCUGAAUGAGCAAUACACUCCAUGGCUAGAAUAUGGAAAUGGGUUGGAUUCUUUCCAUGAUAUGGCCACUGCCAUACUUGUUAAAGGUGAGUUGCUGCCCCCAGAGCCUCAGUAGGCACAUGUGCUGCCCAGUGAGGUGACCAGAAAGUUCAAGCUGCAUUGAUUGAGUUGGCUGACCUUAAUUCAGCCCAGACUUCCAGCCCUUGAACUCGAUAGGAAAUACUUUAAUAAGGGAUACUGAGUCCUGCUGAAAAGGGGAUAUCUGGAUAGUGAGGAAGGCCUAUAUGUGUUUUUACACCCUGAACCUACUAGUGUUUCAUUUUGGUUUAACACAUGGAAGGUCAUGUAUUGCAACUUUACAUUCAGCUGGAAAACAUUUAAAAUAGAUUUAUUUUCUUAUGGGUUCAUUUUAUUCUUCCAGAGGAUCCCUAUGCUGCACAUAUACACUGGUAAUGAGGGGCCCCGCCCUCUUGUAUUGUCGAAUGAUUUGUGCUUUUUACUGUGUGCAUUGAUGAUCUGUUCAAUAAAAAAUACUUCAUAUACAAGAAGAAAAAUA